AAUCGACCCAGAGCUGCAAACACCCGACACGAGGCUUUAUAGAAGCAAGGCCCACUUCACUAUGAUUCCCUCAUUCACAUUCGGUCUUUUGCGCCAUACGCGCUCGUUCACUCACUACUUUGCUUCUCUUUUUUUACUUCGUUUCUUACUUCUAGCCUUCUAGCAUUUGCAACAUGAAGUUCUUCGCUACUGUUGGAGCUGUGCUCCUGCCCUUCAUUGCGUCGACCGCAAGAGGCAUCGAACUUGAUCCCGAGAAUGAGGCGUCUAUCAAAGCGGCGGCGCGGACUUAUGCGUACGGACUGAUGGAACUCUACAAGAACAACGCCACCGGAACACCAAUAGAGGAGAUUGGUAUCUUUCCACAGCCUUUAUAUUGGUGGACUGCGGGCGCAAGUUGGGGCGGCUUGAUUGAGUACAGUCAGUUCUCUGGAGAUGACUCGCAUGUCAAGGCCUUGCAACAAGCCUUGACUUCCAACUACGGACCCAACAACGACUUCAUUAUGUCAUACCGCAAGUCACAGACUGGAAACGACGACCAGGCGUUCUGGGCUCUCGCGGUUAUGUCAGCGCUUGAGUACCAAUUCCCGGAACCCGAGUCAGCCCCCGCAGAUUACUUGGAGGUUGCUGUGAACGCCUUCAAUAACAUUGUCGGACGUUGGGACACAACCACUUGCGAUGGAGGUCUUAAGUGGCAAAUUUACCCGGAGAACUCUUACGGCUACAACUACAAGAACUCUAUUUCGAACGGUUGCACCUUCGCGCUGGGCGCACGUCUCGCUCGCUACACUGGUAACCAGACAUACGCGGACUGGGCGGAGAAGAUCUACGACUGGACCAAGUCUGUGGGUUUGAUCAGUGACAUCUACGAAGUUUUUGACGGCGUUGAUGACAAGACGAACUGCGCUGAAGUGGCUGACAAGACCCAAUGGACUUACAACAAUGCCAUGUUCCUCCACGGCUCUGCCUUCAUGUACGAUGUCACGAAUGGCGCGAGCGUGUGGAAGGACCGCGUGUCUGGAUUCCUCUCCCAUGCCGAGCUAUUGUUCUUUAGCCCAGUCGAGAAAGACAACAUCAUGUACGAGUGGGCUUGUGAGACAGGAAUAUCUGGACGUACCUGCAAUCUCGACCAGCAAUCAUUCAAGGCCUACCUUUCUCGCUUUAUGGCAAAGACUGCGGCAGUUGCACCGUUCACGAAGGAUACAAUCACUAAGUAUCUCACUGCGUCUGCUGUAGGGGCCGCAAAGUCGUGCUCGGGCGGAGAUGACAAGGCUACCUGCGGCUCAAAGUGGUACACUGGCAGCUGGGACGGUCUAUCUGGCGUUGGCCAGCAGCUUGCAGCCUUGGAGGUCACUCAGGCACUGUUGUCGCUGAAGCAGAACAUUGUGCCUGUCAAGAAAGGUGCGGUCGAGCCAAAGCCUACUGCUGCGCCGAAGCCCAGCUCCACACCUGCAAGCAAGCCCACCACCGCUCCUGUCUCCAAGCCUGCUGAGUCAAGCAAGGCAGCUGAGCCUAGCCCGGCGCCUUCAUCUAGCCAGACUGAACCUAUCAUAUCGAGCGCAGAUGUGCCCGCACCACCGAAAUCGACUGAAGUUGCGCCCGCCAGCAGUGCUGCACCUUCGACCGAGAACGCAGUCCAGACAUCAGCAAUUCCAAACAAGUCUACGCCAGCAGCCAUCGUACCUACUGUGAUUGCUGUCCCGACAUCUGCCGUUCCAACUCAGUCUACCCCAUCAGUAGCCGCACCAACUGAGAAGCCCGCCAGCCAGGUUGGCGAGAUUAAGACGUCUGCUGCGAGCUGCUCGACAAGCACGACCGUCACGAUCACCGUCUCGAGGCCCACUGCAGGUGUUAACACCACCUGCACACCCAGCACAACCAUAACCGUCUACGUUCCUCCCGUCACAUCGGCUCCAGAGGUUCCGUCUGUGGCAACGUCCAGUGCACCCGUGGUACCCCCGGUUCUGACUACACUCAUGCCUGUCGCGCCACCUGCUAACGUCAGCGUGCCAGCUAAUGGCAGUGUACCUAGCUCGACAGCACCGGUCGAGUUUCAAGGCGCUGCUUCCAGCACGAAGGUCAUGGGCGGCUCUUUCUUGGUCGCAAUGGCCGUUGCCGUGGUGGCUGGCCUCGUGUAAGAUGCGUGCGGGAAGCUUUCUUCUUCACAGUCCCCUCGGGACCUUUAUUAUUGUACAUAUACCCUUCAUAUCAAGGCUUAGCCAAGACGCAGCCUUAGCAUGGUUUGUCGAUACUUUAUAGACCAUAGUAGAAUUGACUAGUUCAUCGACGUGUGCUACACAGCAUCUGCAGCUGGCCGCCUGUCGGCGUGACGUACUGAUGUCUGCAUCCAGGGUCCAGUAACCUUCGCGGAGGGGUCAGUAAGACAGACAAGCGCAGAUGAUGAA